UGGAGAGUGAAAUCUUUGGGCGUAGCAAAAUCAUUUUAUGCGUUUUGCAGAACGUUCAGCGUCAACUGAAAAAUUCCGCCGCUUACAUAAGCAGCCUUUUGGUGAAUUUUUCACCGUAUGUUACAAGGACUGAAAAGGGUUUAGGGUUGGUGGAUAGUUUGAUAGCAGGUUACUUAUCCAUCCGCCUCGAUUCACAAUGUUGAGAUUCUCCAACGUACUCAGAACUGCUUCCAAUGUGGUAAUGUAAGUAUUGUCAGGGAGGACUUCAGAGAUGAUACGAUCGAUGUCGUACAAUACCGUAACGAUAAUGCCGUUAGUGAAGCCAUAACGAGGUAUCAGACGGCCUUACUAGAAAUGCCAUUAUCUACAUGCCGAAAUAUACUAACAUUGCAGUGCUUCUACCCGUCAGUUUUCUAUUUUGACCCAAACCGGCAUCGCCCCGGCCAUGCGUCCAUCCUUCUUGGCCCCUCUUGCUCCAUCCAUGACCACGGUUCCAGCUAGCCCGCUCGCUUCUUUACUCGGUGGUUUAAUGCAAAAGAGAUUCAAAGCUAGAGGUAAUUCGUACCAACCAAGUACCCUUCUCCGCAAGAGAAGAUGCGGCUUCUUGGCCAGAAUGAGAUCCAAGUCUGGCAGAAAGAUCAUUGAGAGAAGAAAGGCCAAGGGUAGAUACUACUUGUCCCAUUAAGGAACGGAGUUAAGUUUUAGCCUGCAACGAGCAGUAGCUGGAUGCUGUCCGCAGGUGACGUGUAUAUAUAAUAGAAUCAAUGUUUAAUGAA